GAAAAUAAUAUUUUCUUCCAUAAGACGCCAAUUUAUGAGCUUGUGCAUAGUCUAAUUCGUUUUUAAUCUUCGUGUUUUAAUUGCACCCAGUUGCACCCGUCUGGAACUGUAAUUGAUAGGAUCGAAAGAAUGUGCACAACAUCGGUGCCAGACUGAAAUAGCAGCAAGCAAUGAUGAUCGAUUUUUCCAUGGACCGCUGCCAAUGUAUCGAAGACAUUUUCCCCUUGAUCUAGUUGCUGCCGUAUGUGUUCUCCUUUCUAUAGUCUUGGCAGUGGCAAAGUAAAGUGAAAUAGUAAUUGAUCAUAUUUGAGAAGUGAAGAGUGAUAACGACACAGGAUGUAAGGCUAGAUAUUUUUGCUGCAGUUCCCGGGACCAUCACAAAGCUUAGUGUCUCAGGUCAUGUGCCCCGUUUUUUUCGUGCCUGUGACUUCAGACCUGUGAGCACUGCCUCCAUGUCCGAGCCAGCUGACCAUGCCUGCUGGGGACAAGCAUGUCAAAACACCUGACCACUGCCUCCCCUCAAGUAUACCGUUGGCAAAAGGUCGCGUUUGACCAGUGAGACAGCUUCCAGCCAGCCCUCCUCCGGGACAACCCAGAAUGCUGCACAGGAAGCUGCUCAGCUGGAACAUUUUCGGGAUCGUUACAAAGAUGAGCGCCAGUUCAGCAGUCGAGCCCAGCACCAGCUCUUCCUGGAUGUGUGUGUGGCACUCACCAAGCACAGGCUAUGCUCACAAGAGUGGCUGAGCCAUGCACCACCAGAACACAUCCUGCUGGUCCUCAUGUGUCUGCGUAUUUUGUUGAGGGACUCCAGCUACCAGAAACAUUUCUUUGAGCUGGACGGCAUCAAGUCUUUGGUGGAGUAUUUCCAGAGAGUGACAGAUGAGUACCUCUACAGUACCAAUGGCCUCAUCUCAGUGGACAUUCUACAGGAGAUGACAAACAUUUUCCAGAAGUUGUCAGCCUCUGUUGAUCGAUGUGAUUGGUUGAUUAGAUACAAAACACAUUUGCCUCUCGUACGACUGCUGACGGCCACUGACGUAUUUGUCCUCCAUUGCUCCCUGUAUGCACUUAUUGGCUUGGCUCAAAGCCCAGGGCCUCGUUCUUGUAUUGCUGAGCUGAAUGCUGUUGAAAUGUUACUGAGGAUCAUACAAGAGUACGACACAAUCUCUAAAAAACUAGCAGCCAACUUGUUGCGGUGUUUAUGUGACAAUCAGCAAACCAGAGAGAAGGUCAAGAUGGAAGAUGGGAUUCCACUACUUAUCAGUCAGCUGGCCAGCAGUGACAAUGUGAGUCUGUUGUGGCAUGUGGUCUGGUGUCUGGUGCUGCUCUGUGAUGACGCCGAGUGCCGGGUGGACAUCUCACAGUUUGGAGGAAUUCCCCUCAUCCUUUCACUACUGCAUGAACGCAAGUUUGUGAGUGAGCGCACCGAUGCCAGUAAUACAGCUGUGGCGAGUGCUGGAGUUCAUCGAAAACCCAUGCAGGCAGAGGAGCUGGAAGAAUUCAUUGAUGAGCAAUUCAACUUGAGAAAAGCAUGCUGUGCGGCCCUGACGGAGCUAGUCUUGACGGACAGCAGCGCACAGCAGAUAGUGCAGGCUAACGGCCUCUACGCUCUGGGCCUCCUCAUUCUGCCUCAAGAAGUGCUCUCGGAGAAGGAGAGAAAGCGAGCCACCAAGUUACAGCAAAAUGCCUUCCGAGCUUUGCGCUUCCUGUUCAGUAUGGAACGAAAUCGGCGUCUUUUCAAGCAGUGGUUUCCGGCUGACCUGUUUGAGAUGUUCAUUGAUGUAGGCCACUACAACCGAGACUUGAAUGCCUACAAACCUCUGGCUGACAAAAUCAACUGUCUGCAGAAGGAAGAAGUAAACAAGAUCUACGAGAGCAUCUGUAACACCAACCAGAAUAAAGCUGCGACUAGACACAUCAGAGAGUUUGCCGUCUUUGAGCUCCUGGGCACUGGGGCUUUUGGCGCUGUCUACAAAGUGCAAAAGAAAACAGGACGACAGUCCUUUCUUGCUCUGAAAGAGGUUAAUCUACAGAAUGCUGCUUUUGGCAAGAAUGAUAAAGAAAAGGCAAAGAGUGUCGGGGAGAUUACAUAUGAGCUGAGGAUCAUGAAGGAAGAGAUGAGACAUCCUAACGUUGUCCGUUACUACAAGACGUUCGAGAUAGAAGACAAAUUGUACAUUGUGAUGGAGCUGAUUGAGGGAGCCGCCCUGGAGGAACACUGCAAGUCUCUCAAGGAGAAGAAAGAUAGGUUUGAGGAGGCACGCAUCUGGAGCAUUCUGCUACAGCUGAUGUUGGCUCUCCGUUACCUGCACAAAGAAAAGGGCAUUGUCCACCGAGAUCUGACUGCCAACAACAUCAUGCUGGGGGAAAAUGACAAGGUUACCAUCACUGAUUUUGGCCUGGCCAAGCAGAAGCGCAGCGACUGCAGCAAGAUGAUGUCUGUGGUGGGCACCAUGCUCUACUGCUGCCCUGAGGUAGUGCAGAGCCAGGCCUAUGGAGAGAAGGCUGACAUCUGGGCCCUUGGAUGUAUCCUCUAUCAGAUGUGUAUGCUGGAGCCUCCCUUCUUUAGCAGUAACAUGCUCACACUAGUCAACAAGUUGCCUGACAAUCUCCCCUGACCACCGUCCAGACAUCCUGGCCUUGAGCAGUGAGCUUUCCAACAUGCUUCUUGUACAGAUGGACUCGCUGCGCAUCACACAGACAGCAUUGGAACGCAAACUAGAUAAGGAGCGCAAGCGCACGCAAAAGCACUUCCUUGAGACCAACCAGAGCAUGCAGCAGUACCACAACCGGUUCCCAACGACUCAUGAGGGCUACGACCAACUGACCAACCUGGCUGGCAGUGGCGGGUCUCAGGGACUCAAGGAGAGCAGUGUGUCAGGUUCUCCGGCAGAGCCCAGCGAUUCCGUAGUGGGUCCCAACGUGGCAGUGUCGAUGAGCUCAAUCCGGCUGGGAGAUGUGUCAGAUGAGGACAGUUACCCAAGCAGUGGCAGCGAGAGUAGGGAGAGCAGUGCGGGCAGCCUCCGCUCCCACCCCCUGCCUGUCCCACCGGUGCCCCUGAGACGACGGGCUCCCCCACGGCCAGUGAAAAAACCUGACAUGACUCUCUCAGACCUGGCAGUGGAGAUACCAGCCGCAGCCAAGGCAAGCCGUGAUUCUGGCCUGAGCUCUGGGGAUCCCUCACCUAUCGCUAGUCAGUCGUCUUCCAUGCAAGGUAUGGAAUCGCUGCUGAACGGACGAGCGGGUCACCUCAAAAACAACUUCAUGCGAUCUUUCAGCACGAAUGAGGUUAGCUGCUUCCACCAGCACGGCAAGAUGGAAAAGAGAUCCAGGAGUGCGGCCAUGUUGACGGUGUCGCCCAAUCGGAUGCGUGAGAUCUCAGACCCAGUACAGCAGAUGUUACACCAGCUGCACAAGCUUAUCUACAUCACACAGCUUCCUCCAACCCUGAGCCCUAAUUCGAACAGGAGAAUCAUUGAACAGUACAAGCGAGCUCUCUUUUCCCCUCAUAGUUCUGCAGUCAACCUGAAGAACGAAAUGAUGAAGCUCAUGCAAGGUUCCCGCGACCUCAUUGACCUUAACCUUGGCCCCCUGGAAUGUCUGAAGAGAAGCUCUGUUAAUGGAGAGCUGGACUCUCCUAUUGAUCCCGACAAGCCUGCAACACCACAGUAUGACCCAGAUUAUAAAGAUGUGGGGAUCACAUACGAGUAUAUGCAGACCAUUCUUGAGGCAGCACUGGACGAGUGUGGCUACUACAAGACGACCCUGCCUCCCGCGACGUGAGGCCAAACCCGUACAAACACACAGCUGCCAACUUGUACAUUAAAAAUGUAUUUAAUACAUUUUUGAUGGUCUGAAAACAGAAGUCCGUAUUCCUAUUGGAAAAUACGUAUUCUCUGUUUUCUGGUAUAGCCUCCUCACAGAACAAAAGUUAUGAACUUUCAAGACCUGAUUUGCGAUUAAAAUGAAAACGAAUCCCAUAAGUCAACUGAAGAGAUCUUUUAAUGCAGGUCCACUUUGAAUAGCUAUGCAUAACCUAACCACGUUAUGUCCAGCUGGGCAAGCCUUUCGCUGCUGCUCUCUGUCUCUCGUCCAUAGCUCUCAAUGGUUCUUGCACACACUUGGGAGGGGAGGGGGGGUUGUUAGAUGUUGCAUAGUCAUGAUAGAAUGGUUCGUAUCAUUUUUGAGUUCUCAGAAGUUUUCAUGAUGCGUGAACAGGAACCCUUGUGUGAACCUUCACAUCAUGUUUCAGUUGGUCAAUCUUUGGCCAUGCCCACAAAUGAACAGUCUUACACUGAAAAGUUGAAAUAAUUCCGUAGGUAGCUGAAAUGACCAUGUAUAUUUGUGUGCAAAUAUUUUUAAAACUCAUGGAGUUGUUUGCCUUUAAACAGUCCCUGAUGUUGGAAAAGAAUUCUAUUCUCCCCUUGUCUGUGACAUGACACAAGUCUCUCUCUCUCUCUCUCUCUCUCUCUCUCUCUCUCUCUCUCUCUCUCUCUCACUCUCUUUCUCUCACUAUCUCACUCUCACGGCUUUGAUGAUAGCUCACUUGGUGUCAUGCUGGACUAUGGAGCGGAUGGGUCUGGUUUGAAUCCUAGACUGAGCAUUCUUGAAUUCAGGUUGUUUUGUGGCGUUUCCAAGGCUCUCAAGCAGUUUGGCUUGGUAUUUAAAUUUAGAGAUCCUGCCUCUUAAAUAACCUAAUAGUGUUGAUAGGGACGUUAAACCCAUGCACUAAGGCUGGCUUCUCAGAAUGAGUAUGUUCUCUCAUUCUCUCAUUGCAUGUUGAAUGGACGUACUUGCCUUGCCAUGAUAAAAGUAGAAAUAUUUUGUGUUGUUCAUGUAUUAUGAAGCCUAAUAUAAGAAACUAUUAUGGAUAGCCUAAUUGUGACUACGCCUAGAGACAUUUAGACAGCACUUAUUGUGAAGAUAAUCUUGUCUUGUCUUAUGAAAGACCAGAAUUAUUUGUGUGUGCUACAUGUGUCAAGCGUAUUCCUGCUCUGUGCUUAGACUUAGCCCUUUAUCUGACUGAUUGGUUGUACAUUUACCUCUGCAACAUCCAUAGAAAAAAAUAUAUUAAAGUGAGGAGUCUUAACUGACUGUCUCCCAUUGAUUGUUGAGAAAAACAGUGGGGCGCCCUGGUUACCUCAUUCUGCUACUUUGAACUCUGACUUAAUUUCGUCAAAGUGACAAAGGUAUACUAGUGUGCUAAAAUCAUGGAUGUAAAAAUACUUAAGAAAUUUAUGAUGAAAUAUUUCUUUAAGUCAUGAAGAUUUGUUUUUGUUGAAAGGGAAAAAAACAACAAUUACUUUGAUACUUCCUUCAGCUUCCUGGGAACACAUGAACAGUUUGAUGACAAAAUGCGAUAAAUGCCAUUUUUGAAGUUUGGCCAAAGCUGUUACUGUCAUACGUAGAAAGAUGAAGAACAUUCCAGAGUUAAUUAAUUUUUUACACCAAACUGAUUAUUUUUUUCCUCUUUAAAGAAGUGCAGAAACGCUUUUUUAAAAAUACAAAACAGCAAUAGAUCUUAUUUUUUGACAAACCGCAACAUAUUCUCUGUGCGCGAAUCAAAUUCUCUCUUCAAGUUUGGUGCCAAUUAUUUUUCCUUUCUUAUUAUUGUAAUGUUGAUAUGUCACAUUUUUUGUGUAGAUGGCAUCAAUUUAAAGGAUAAAAAUCCUACAUAGAUUUCAUCAUACAACAAAUAUCAAUGAUCAACUAAGCUUUAGAUGUUGUUUAUUCUAAAAACAAAAUUACUCAAGAUUAUUCUGUAAAUAGGCGAAGAACAGAAGUCUUCAUUUUUCUCAAAACCGGUAAAAUGGAUAUGUCGCUUUUUGUCGCGAAACUGUUCAUAAUAUCCUCUGAAGACUUUUUGUUUGCCUUUCAACUACUGUCUUUUUGUAUGACUGGAGGGAAAGUAAAUACAGGAGUCUUGAGGCACUGUUGGGUAUUAUCUAGCAGAGCAGACUGAAACUGCUGCAGAGAGCUUUGUGUUGUAUCUUUGACGAUGUGACAGCUCUUUGCUUUUGUACUUAUAAACGAAACGAGUGCAGAUAAUAAGUAGAGUGUGUGUGAGAGUGUGUGCACAUGUUUUGCAUAUGCUUGUGUGUAAUCAUGGUUUGUAUUUUUGUAAAUAUUUCACAGACAUAAAACACAGAUUUCUUGUUGACAUUUGUUCAUGUUCAUAGUCAUAUAAAGCUAUAUAUAUAUGUCACCUUUCUGACCCAUUAAAAGCAUUAGUUCCCAGUUCCUUGCAAAAUAUUCCGUCUGUCAAAGACAAUUAACUGUCCUUUGUCACAGUUCCUCUCUGUGUUGUGUCAUUAGAGAAAACACAAUGGCUUUGAUGAUUAUAGUAAGAACAUGCCUAAUCCGUUUGUGACUGUGUGUGUGUGUGUGUGUGUGUCUGUGUGUGUGUGCAUGUGUGAGACUGUGUGUGUGUGUGUGUGUGAGACUGUGUGUGUGUGUGUAUGUGUAUGUGUGUGUGUGUUUGUGUGUGUUGUAUUAGAGAGAAUGUAUUGAGUCACGUCACCACUCUAUGCGUGAUGGCCAUGUGGGCAUUGAGUUGUUUAACUUAGCCUUGUGAUACAGACUAUUUAUUCAUCCGGCUGUGGUUUUGUGUUGUUCUGUCGCAAGUCCUGUUCUCAUGUAGUUAGGGCAGAGACAAAUUUGUGUAAAAUGUACAAGAAAGGUUGAGAUGAAGGGUGUUUCAGAGAAUUAAACGAUGAUACCUCGGUCAAUAAUGAGACUGUUUCCGAAGACCUGGUCUUCCUUGUUGGACUGUGUUACAGCUACUAUUUCAUUUACUUGAAAUUUAUCUCCGUAUUAACUUUAUUUUGUCAGAGAAGUUAAUCAUAUUUUGAAAAAAAUGUACCCUUUCACAGUUAUCUUACAUCUUCUCAGUUUCUUUAGACUAUAUUGUCAAUUCAUAGUUUGAAAUGUGAGAAAGACCACAGCAUGGAAUGCCUUUCUUUUUUUUUUCAACUAUAAUUUUUAUUCUUUGAUAAAGUAAGUUGCUCUGUCAUUGUUGUAGAAUUGUAUGCUAAUCAAAUGUCCCGAUGCUAAAAGUUUAAGAGAAGAUGAUGUAACUUGAUAUCUUGGAUUAAAACUUUAAUCUUUGUACUUGAGAAAGAUUUCAAGGAAGAUGGUCUUGAAAGGAAGGUUAAAUUACAACCAUAAAUGGGUCAUACUACAUUGGGCCUUGAUGCAGACUGAAUUGUAAUUUGCAGGGUCUUAAAUUAAAUGGACCAUUAUUUAUUUAUUUAUGUUUUGUCAACACAGUAUUCUUAUUUUUUUCUGACUAUUUAUGUAUCUUUAAAAGCUCAUGUGAUCUUUUCUUUCUUAAAGGGUACUGUUUGUGGCAAAAUGACAUGUUUAAGCUGUGGGGAGGCUUAUUGCUGUUAACACUGUGUCAUGUUUGCUCUGCAUACUGAGUUAGGUGAACCUGCUCACCCCUGAGCUCUACAGUCUCGUUUCCUUUAAAAUGG